AUGGCCCUCUGCCGCGGCGAGCCCAGCGUCCCGCAGCUCGUGCUGGCGUGCUGCACCGCGCUGGUCAUAGGGGAGGGCGUGCGCACGGAGGGCAUCUUCAAGCACGUGGCGCCGGCAGAGGCGGUCGAGCGGAUGUCCACCUGCGUCGCGGGCGGCCGCCCCGCGCUGAUCCCCCCCGGCACCAGCCCCCACGUCAUCGCGACCCUCCUGAAAAACUUCCUGCUGGGCCUGGAGGAGCCCCUGCUGACGUACAGGCUGCUGCCAGACUGGAUCACGGCGGCAGCAGACCUCGACAGCGGCAGGGUGGACGCGCUUCUGGCGGCCCUGCCCGCGGCCAACGCCAACGUGCUGCGGCUGCUGCUGGAGGUGGCCUAUUAUGUGAAUGGCAACGCGGCCGACACCGAGAUGGACUCGCUGGCGCUGGCCCAGGCGCUUGCGCCCUGCGUCGCCUGGCUGCCCCCGGCCUUGAAGCCCGCCAGGCCUGUGGCUGCCAGCGGCGACGGCGCCGACGCACAAGAGCCCGCCUCCGCCGCCAACGCGGAUGUGCCCGCAACGGCGACCGGCGGCGCGGCGGUGGCCGCGGCGGAGGGCGCCCAGAAGAUCGUGCCGCUGGAAGGCGAUGAGGCGCAGGCUGUCGUCCUCGUGCUGGAGAGCCUGAUCAACCGCUACGCCCACAUCUUCGGGUGA